AUGGCGGGGAUGGCGGAGGCGCUGGCCAAGGAGCGGGCGGUGGCGCUGGGCGCCGGGCAGCACGACCGGGCUGUGCCCUACCUGGGGCAGCGCUUCGGGACCCUGCGGCAGCAGUGCCUGCAGGAGGGGCGGCUCUUCCAGGACCCCUCCUUCCCCGCCGGCCCCAGCGCUCUCGGCUACCGGGAGCUGGGGCCCCGCUCGCACAAGACACAGGGCGUCGUCUGGCGCAGACCCACGGAGCUGUGUGCCAGCCCCCAGUUCAUAGCGGGAGGAGCCACUCGCACGGACAUCUGCCAAGGGGCCUUAGGAGACUGUUGGCUCUUGGCAGCCAUUGCUUCUCUCACCCUGAAUGAAGAAAUUCUGGCCCGUGUUGUUCCCAAGGACCAGAGCUUCCAGGAUAAAUAUGCAGGAAUUUUCCACUUCCAGUUCUGGCAGUAUGGGGAGUGGGUGGACGUGGUGGUGGACGACAGGCUGCCCACCAAGAACGGGGAGCUGCUCUUCGUGCACUCAGCCGAGGGUGCCGAGUUCUGGAGCGCGCUGCUGGAGAAGGCCUAUGCCAAGCUGAAUGGCUCCUAUGAGUCCCUCUCUGGUGGCACCACCACCGAAGGCUUCGAGGACUUCACUGGUGGCAUUGCAGAGUGGUACGAGCUGCAGAAGCCACCCCCCAACCUCUUCAAGAUCAUCCAGAAGGCACUCCAGAAAGGCUCUCUCCUUGGCUGCUCCAUUGAUAUCACCAGUGCUGCAGAAACAGAAGCAGUCACCUCCCAGAAGCUGGUGAAGGGACACGCGUACUCGGUCACCGGGGCAGAGCAGGUGAACUUCCGAGGAACCGUGCAGAAGCUGAUCAGAAUCCGAAAUCCCUGGGGGGAAGUGGAGUGGACUGGGAAGUGGAAUGACAACUGCCCAAACUGGAGUGGUGUUGACCCUGAGGUGCGGGAGCGACUGACCAGGAGACACGAGGAUGGGGAGUUCUGGAUGGCGUUCAAUGACUUCCUGAGGCAUUACUCCCGCCUGGAGAUCUGCAACCUGACCCCAGACACCCUGGCAAGUGACAGGUACAAAAAGUGGAGCCUGCAGAAGCUGGAUGGCAACUGGAGGAGAGGAGCCACUGCAGGGGGCUGCAGGAACUACCCAAACACAUUCUGGACGAAUCCUCAGUAUUUGAUCAAGCUGGAGGAAGAAGAUGAGGACCCUGAUGAUCCUGAGGGGGGCUGCACUUUCCUCAUUGGGCUGAUCCAGAAGCACCGUCGCAAGCAGAGGAAGAUGGGCGAGGACAUGCACACCAUUGGCUUUGCCAUUUAUGAGGUGCCCCCAGAGUUUUCUGGCCAGACAAAUAUUCAUCUGAGCAAAAACUUCUUCCUGACCAACAAAGCCCGGGAAAAAUCCAAUACCUUCAUCAACCUGCGGGAGGUGCUGAACCGCUUCAAGCUGCCUGCAGGGGAAUACAUCAUCGUGCCCUCCACCUUUGAGCCCGACAAGAACGGAGACUUCUGCCUCAGGGUCUUCUCUGAAAAAAAUGCAAACUCCACGGUGAUAGAUGAUGAAAUUGAAGGCAAUUUUGAUGAGACUGAGAUCAGUGAAGAUGACAUCGAACCCAGUUUUAAAAAGCUUUUUGGGCAGCUAGCAGGAAAUGAUGCAGAGAUCUCUGCCUUCGAACUGCGCAGCAUCUUGAAUAAAAUCCUGGCUAAACGCCAAGAUAUUAAAUCUGAUGGCUUUAGUAUUGAGACAUGCAAAAUAAUGGUUGACCUGUUAGAUAAUGAUGGGAGUGGCAAACUGGGACUGAAGGAGUUCCACACCCUCUGGACAAAGAUUCAGAAAUACCAGAAAAUUUACAGAGAAAUUGAUGUGGAUCGAUCGGGUACCAUGAACUCGUAUGAGAUGAGGAGGGCACUGGAAACAGCAGGGUUCAAACUGAACUGCCAGUUACAUCAGGUCAUCGUGGCUCGUUUUGCUGAUGAGGAUCUCGUCAUUGACUUUGACAACUUCGUGCGCUGUUUGAUUCGGCUCGAAACCUUGUUCAAAAUGUUUAGAAAACUGGAUACUGAGAAAAGUGGGACAAUAGAAUUGAACCUUGUUAAUUGGCUGUGCUUCACUGUCAUUUGAGCCACAGGCAGCAGCCUGAGACCUCAACAAGAGCAUGGUCAGGUGAAGAUAAUCAAGCUACAUACAAGUAAUAUGCAAACAUGAAUGUGCCUUAACUUACACAAAGCAAGCAGAUUCUGCAUGCAAUUGCAAGAAGAAAAGCAUUCUACUUCCA